UACCGAAUUCAACUAGAACAAAAACAUUCAUGUUCACGUCUAGAAAUUGAUAUAUUCUUCUUCACGCAAUUUACGCAAUUAACGAAUCAAGGCAGUUUAUUUUCGCAGAUCAUCCUGUUUUAACGUAUGCCUGAAAUUAGUUGACUGACUUACUGUAUUGCAACAAACGGUGGCAAUCAAUCUCUCCAAUCCUAGCUAGUGCAAUGAUCGAAUACGAACAGUUAUCAUUGAAGCUGUAGCCGACGUACUGUUUAUUGGAUCAACUUCUAUAUUUUCAUUCAGAUGGCGCCCGUGUUUGAUAAUCAGGAACCUAUGGAACUGGACGAGCCACCUCCACCAGCCCAAAGACAGCGCAAAACGGCCAAGAAAAAGAUGACGCUCCGAAAGCUCACAGCGCUGGACGAAACGACCGCACAUCCUGCGAUUCGCCAGAAACAAAGAAACUUUGGAUCCGUGCUAAGAAGAUGGACAAUUUCGCUCGUUGUCGUUGCACUUUGUUCCGUGGGUUUGAUGAAGGUCAUCGAGCAGUCGGAAAGCUUGCAGCUGGAGCUGACGAAGCACUAUCAUCAAACCUUUGACCGGUUGUCUCGUGCUUCGGAUAAUUUGUGUGGUGGAAAGAAAGUAAACUAUGCAGCCAUGGUACGAGCACUAGAAGCUCACAUUGUAGGGCAAGAUACUGCCCUGCGGGAAAUAAAGCAGUGGUUCCAGGGCGAGCCCCACCUGCCCUACCGCUGUAUGGCAUUCCACGGCAGCACGGGAGUGGGCAAGAGCCUGGCGGCUAAGGAGAUUGCGGCCAACUUCCCCUGGCCGGAUGGGGUUUACUUUGUGGCGGCAAGCGAACCCGGAUCGGGCAGGAACCGAUAUGCUGCAUUCAAAUCAACACUGUUCAAAAUCCAACGAGCAUCGUUUAUGCGAAGCAAAUGUACCCACUAUCUGCUGGUGGUCGACCAUCUUAGCGCAGAUGUAGAUAUGGGCGUCGUUGUCAAAAUGAGCAACCGAUUGCGUUCGAUCGGCAGGAAAAACCACCUCUUCCUGCGCGCCCUGUUCGUGUUCCAGGGCUCCGGCCCGGCGCUGUCAGUGGACACGCUUCGCAGAGAACUACCGGAGGCAACGGUUAUUGCAUUCCACACCCUGACCGAGCACGAUUUGGAGCAGUGUAUCCGACGGGAGGCAGUAUCGGUCGGCAUCGAUCUCGAAACCAAUCAGUCUCUCUUGCAAAUCGUAGCGAAAAAUAUUAACGUUUCGCGGCACGGCUGUAAACCCGUCAGGGCUAAACUAACCCUGCACUCCUAACAUUCCCAUCACAAGGGCUGCUGCGGCGCACGAUAUAUUUAUAUAUUAAAGUUUAAGUUGUAAGCCAAGGUAGCAAAGUUGUAGAUGAUUUCGAUACGCAAAGCGACUGAUAUAAGGCGGGCAAUAUAGACUC